CCAAAAUACUAUUUCCAGCAAGGGCUAAGAUCAAAGAGUGACAAUGCUAAAAUUUAAGAUAACGGUUGAUACAACUCCGUCGCAAUCUAAAACUUCCAAGAAGACUAAAGUUUCAAAACUAAAUAAUCUAUUGAAAUCUCCAGCGAAUAGGAAAGCCCAUAAGCAUUACAAUAAGGACGACAUGGUAGAGACACUGAAAACACCAACUUUUGCUUAUGAAAGCCAGGGACUUAACAAAUUUGAUUUCUCAAAGAAUAGAAAAUCACGCAGACAUCAUCCUGGGGCAAGACCCAGUAAUAUCCGAAGAACAGGAACUGUAGAUGUCAGCAAAUAAAGUAGACUUUAAAGAAAGUAGUCAAAUUACUGAAGAUGAAGAGGAAGACGAUAGGAUCAAAAGAGUUAUGGAAGAACGAAGCAGUAGACCAUGCACAAAAGUUAAUAUAAAAUUUAUGACAGAUUCUGUUACUAAAGUCCAAACCAUCAGGUUAAGGAAAAACAGCUUUAGUCCAGCAGACUUUUUGCCGAAUGAUCGGUACAGGACUGCAUUGAUUAAUGAAGACAUCAAGGGUUGGUCUUCCGUUGCCAGAUGUAUUGCAAAGCACACAUCUAAUGUUGAUGUAUCAGGAGUAGUCUCUGAGUUGUUCAAGCACAAGCAUAUUUACACCAAAAGUUUAAGGAAUCCAAUGAAGAAAUAUGGAACUAUCUAUCAAAAGAAAGGAGCAAUUUUCAACACACAGAAAGAAAAGAAAGACCAUCUAGCAAAUAUGAACAGACUUGAUUACAUGAUGUAUGAAGCUAUGAACAUGAAGAAGAGAUUUAAUCAAUCCAAAGACUAUUUGAGCGCCAUAACUAGUGACAAAAAGCAUGUUAGGAAUAGUUUUGUUAAACAUAGUCAUGACCAUGAAGACACUAGUGCAAGCAGAAGCAGGAAUAUGGUUAAGUUCUCAAAUUCAAGCUAUAUUCACUCAGAAAGGAGAAGCAAUAUUUCAAAAUCAAGCUAUCACAAAGAUUCAUUUUCAGACGAAUCGUUUGACAGCCUUAAUGAAUCUUCCAAGGAUGUUCCUAUAAAGUUCAAGAGAAAAUCAAGGGCGAGAAACCUGAAACUUUUUAAACAAACAAAGAAACAGAAUAUGACUUUUGUUGAGAAAAAUAAGACAUCUGAAAAGCUUAAGCUCAAUAAAAUUGUGUCAAUGAAGACACUAGAGAAUCAGUCUGCUAAGAAAGGAGACACGUCACCAAUCUCACGUCUUCCUUCGAUCCACCAAUGGAAGCAGCCAGUAUUGAAAAAGAGUUUGUACUGAAUGUCUCAGAAGGAAAAGCAUGAACACCUGGUUAACCAGAUAAAAGACAAUAUCAAAGAGUUAUCUGAAAAUAAAUCAAGCAAAGAUCUGGUCAGCAUCAUCAGUAGUCAUAGAUCGAUGAGCAAGAAGUCAUUACCUAAGAAAAUUAAUCUGAAGUUUAGUAACAGCAAGGAUAAAGAUCUGAUCCUGGCUUCUAAUCAGGAUGAAGUUAAGCUUAACAGAAUUCAGAUUCUUCGAAAGUGACUAAAGUUCCUUGGAUUCUACAAAUGCCUUCGUAAAAUAAUAGAAGAGAAUUUAAAAUCUUCAGACUCUGCAGAACAGGCAGCCGGCAGGCUGCCUGCAGAGAAACUAAUUGAUUUGAAAUGCCGUGUUACUUUUAUGAAGUGAAUUGGCAAGGUGACCAAACUUUUGAGUGAGGAAAGAAGAAGGUAUAGAGAAACAGGAAAGGUGCAGAAUGAGUUUGGGGGGAAUUUGGAGGAUAAUUUUGUGAGCAAGAUUUUGAUCACCUGUCAGCAAAUAAAGCGAAUAGAGAAGAUUGUAUCACCAGCUCCUAGAAGAAGGAAACUUUUAUCAUCUGGAGUAUAAUUUAUUUUAACCAUAAUACUAAG